AAAUGAUUUCCGUAGUAUGGGAUUUGACAGUCAGUGACGAUUGACGGGAGAACAUCAGCUCAGUGGCCGUUGAUGGACCAUCCCUAUGAAGAAACAGGGUUACAAUGGGACAGAGUACCUCGGAACAAGAGGUCCAAGGAGACGUCACCAGCGAGGACGAGUUUGAUAACAUCAAGACUCUUGUGGAGGAGGAACUACAGACGAGCAUGAUGGUGGGGAUGGUGAUUGGUGCGGGCAUCGCCAUAAUCCUCAUUGCCAUCCUCAUCUUCUUCACCUUGCGGAGGAUCCAGCUUCGAAACAUUGAAGCUCAGGAGGCACCCAAAUACCGCUUUCGCAAGAGGGACAAAGUCAUGUUCUAUGGGCGAAAGAUCAUGCGCAAAGUCUCGCAGUCUACCUCUUCCCUGGUGGGUACAUCCUCUUCCUCUCGGCAGCGCCUGAAGAAGAAGCAGAAGAUGCUUAACAUUGCCAAAAAGAUCCUGCGCUUUAAGAAGGAGGUGCCCAUCCUGCAGGCCAAGGAGCCCCCACCCUCAGUGCUGGAGGCUGACCUCACCGAGUUUGAUGUGGCCAACUCCCACCUCCCCUCUGAGGUGCUCUACAUGCUCAAAAAUGUCCGUGUGCUAGGUCACUUUGAGAAGCCCCUCUUCCUGGAGCUGUGUAAACACAUGGUGUUUGUGCAGUUCCAACAAGGGGAGUACGUCUUCAGGCCGGGCCAGCCUGACAGCAGCAUCUACGUGGUUCAGGAUGGAAAACUAGAAUUGUGCCUUACUGGUGGGGACGGCAAAGAAAGUGUGGUGAAGGAGGUUUACCCCGGAGACAGUGUCCACAGCCUCCUCAGCAUCCUGGAUGUUAUCACAGGCCACCAGAAGCCUUAUAGAACUGUGUCGGCACGGGCUGCAGAGGUUUCCACUGUCCUCCGUUUACCUGUAGAGGCCUUCCUCGCUAUAUUUGAGAAGUACCCGGAGAGCCUGGUGCGGGUAGUACAAAUUAUCAUGGUUCGUCUCCAAAGAGUUACAGUCCUAGCCCUGCACAACUAUCUGGGGCUCACCAAUGAGCUCUUUAGCCAUGAAAUGCAGCCCUCGCGCCUGCCACCUCCGUCUCCUCACCCAACUCGCACCAGUCCCAUCCGGCAUGGUAAGCGCUUUGGCAGCCUGACCGUAACUGAGGAGCAUCGGGAAGCCGCCAUUAAGGGAGAAGCUGCAGGAGGGGAACAAGGGAAGGAUGGCUCAACAGUGCCAACUCUGAGCAGGACCAUCUCAAUGCCUGUGGACAUUGCUGGUAUGCAGAAAAGUCUGCGAUCGGACUUGACUGGCUACGAAAGGGGGCGGAUAUCUGUCUCUGCAGAGGAUGGCAACACACCACCUACGUUUACUCGGUCUGUGUCCCAGGACCAGCGGGAGAGGAAGGUGACAGUAGACGAGGUUCCCUCAGGGAUCUAUCUGUACCCAGAGGAAGAGCCGGGAGUGGACAAUAUUUUUACACCUGUAUCCUGUCGAUCCAAUGCUGCUUUGUUUGAGGAAGCUCAGAAAGAGAUCAAACUCAUGAAGAUUGAGGACCCAUCCUUGUUAAAUGGGAAAGUGACUCUACACAACGCGAAAGCAGGAGCUGUCUUAGCCAGACAGGGAGACCAGGACGUGAGUCUGCACUUUGUCCUUUCUGGUUGUCUUCAUGUCUACCAGCGGAUGAUUGACAAGCAGGAAGCCGUCUGCUUGUUUGUGACCCACCCGGGGGAGAUGGUGGGCCAGCUCGCUGUGCUCACUGGAGAGCCCCUCAUCUCACCAUCAAGGCCAUCCGCGGACUGUACUUACCUGAAGAUCUCAAAGUCGGAUUUCUAUGAGAUCAUGAGGGAGCAGCCCAGUGUGGUGCUGAGUGCGGCUCACACAGUGGCCAUCCGCAUGUCCCCUUUCGUCAGGCAGAUGGACUUCGCUAUUGACUGGAUGGCCGUGGAGGCCGGCAGAGCCCUCUACCGACAGGACGACCAGUCAGACUGCACAUACAUUGUUCUGAAUGGACGUCUACGUUCAGUCAUCCGCAAGGCAAAUGGCAAGAAAGAACUCGUUGGGGAAUACGGCAGAGGAGACCUCAUUGGAGUGGUGGAGGCCUUGACCAGACAGCCAAGAGCCACCACCGUCCACGCUGUGAGGGACACAGAGCUGGUCAAACUGCCCGAGGGAACGCUCAACAACAUCAAAAGACGAUAUCCCCAGGUGGUGACCAGGUUGAUCCACCUGUUGGGCCAGAAGAUUCUGGGGAAUCUGCAGCACGGUCGAGGGCCCUUUUCAGGUUCAGCCUUGAGUCUGCCCCAAUAUACCGCCAGUGCUGAUGUCACCAACCCUGCCAGCAACCUCUCCACUGUGGCUGUCCCUGUAUGUGAUGAGGUGCCGAUCAACGCAUUCAACCUGGAGCUCAGCCAUGCCCUCAGUGCCAUUGGCCCCACUCUGCUAUUGACCAGCGAAAUAAUCAGAGAGCGACUGGGUGCCUCUGCUUUGGACAGUGUCCAUGAGUACCGUCUCUCCGGCUGGCUGGCCCAGCAAGAGGACAUCAAUCGGAUUGUCUUGUACCAGACUGACAACACCAUGACCCCCUGGACUCAGCGCUGCAUCCGCCAGGCUGACUGCAUCCUCAUUGUCGGCCUGGGCGACCAGGAACCUGCCCUGGGAGAGUUGGAGCAGAUGCUGGAGAACACAGCGGUUCGGGCGCUGAAGCAGCUGGUCCUUCUGCACAAAGAGGAUGGGCCGGGCCCCUCCAGGACGGUUGAGUGGCUCAACAUGCGAAGCUGGUUCGGUCAUCUGCACCUCAAGUGUCCCCGCAGGGUCUUCUCCAGACGCAGCCCUAGUAAACUAAGGGAGGUAUAUGAGAAGGUGUUUGAGAAAACGGCAGACAGGCACAGUGAUUUCUCUCCGGCCCGAGUCCUGACUGGAAACAGCAUCGCCGUGGUGUUGGGAGGAGGGGGAGCCAGAGGCUGCUCUCAUGUGGGUGUGAUCAAAGCUAUGGAGGAAGCGGGGAUUCCUAUUGACAUAGUAGGCGGGACGUCAAUUGGCUCAUUUAUUGGAGCGUUGUACGCUGAGGAGAGGAGUGGCUGUGAGAACCAAACAGAGAGCCAGAGAGUGUCCAAGGCAAUGAACUCUGUAUUCAAAACAGUCCUGGACCUGACUUAUCCCAUCACCUCAAUGUUCUCUGGUUCUGCCUUCAACACCAGCAUCUACAAAGUGUUCCAGGACAAGCAAGUCGAGGACCUGUGGCUGCCAUACUUCAACGUCACCACUGACAUCACGGCCUCAGCCAUGCGUGUUCACCAGGAUGGCUCUCUGUGGCGCUAUGUACGGGCGAGCAUGACCCUCUCUGGGUACCUGCCGCCUCUCUGCGACCCCAAAGAUGGAAACUUGCUAAUGGACGGUGGCUACAUCAACAACCUGCCAGCGGACAUUGCAAGGACCAUGGGGGCCAGAACAGUCAUUGCCAUUGAUGUGGGUAGCCAAGACGAGACCGACCUCUGUAACUAUGGCGACAGCCUGUCUGGCUGGUGGUUGCUGUGGAAACGGAUCAAUCCCUGGGCAGAGAAAGUAAAGGUGCCAGACAUGGCAGAGAUCCAGUCCCGGUUGGCCUACGUGUCUUGUGUGCGGCAGUUGGAGGUGGUGAAGAAGAGUGCCUACUGCGAGUACAUCCGACCGCCCAUCGACCGCUUCAAGACCAUGGACUUCGGCAAGUUUGACGAGAUCCAUGAUGUGGGCUACCAGCACGGCAAGCUGCUGUUUACUGGCUGGGCCCGAGGCGACAUUAUCGAGAACAUGCUAAAGGACCACCGCUCAGCCGACUACAACGACAGCAAGAGAACUGACUCCUGCACGUGUCCAGGAGCUGACUUCACUGACCUUGCAGAGAUUGUAUCGAGGAUAGAGCCGGUCCAAACCUACGUAGCUGCAGAAGCGGAUGAAUCAGACUGUCUGACAGAGUAUGAGGAAGACGGGAUGGACACGGUGAGAGAGGAGGAGGGGGAGGAAGAAGAGGAAGAGGACCUUGAGGACCACUCCCCUGGAGAGUGGGAGAAUGGAGUCUUUCAGACUGAUGAGGAGAAAUCAGUGAGACAACGCAGGAAACUCGCCAGUGACUCCAACACCUCUGAAGUCUCUGACUGCUGACAGAGGGCCAUGGUGGAAUAGAGGAGUCGAAACAAGAACGGGGGCCAAAUUACGGGUCCAUAAACUGUCAAUGCUAGAGACUUGGACGCCACGCUCAGCUUCUGCAUCUUCUGAAACUCUGAGAUACCGCUUUUGUUUUUCUGCAGGAAAUCCUUCAUGCCCUAACUUAUUGAACCUCCGUUGCAUCGAGUGGCUUCCUCCUGGCUCUCACACUGGCCUUCAUCUGUUCACAUUCUGAGCCCACCUUCAAAAAUGGAAUAUGUACGGCCUGAAAAAGAACUGUCUUCCCCACGCAGCGGUUUCUUUUCUUUCACACCACCAGAAUCUUGCUGGUACAUCUUCAUUGCACUCCGUUACUGGACCAUUUAACAUAUUACAUGGACCUUUUAUUUCUUGUGUGCGCAUGUUCAGAUGAGUUUGUAUAUUUUGCCUGUGUGUUAGGAUGACUGUUUGCUGUGAUAUGUUGAAAUAAUUUAAGGACACUGAAAAAGCAAAGUAAGAUACAUACAACAUAUCUAUAGUGGGAAAGAGUGAUGUGAGCUUAGCGUUGGAUGUCGGGGAGAGGAAGCUGUAGGUUGAGUGUAUGUUCAUGUUGACAUCAAAGUAUGUUCACGUUGAAUGAACAGAGCGAUUCAAAUUAGGAGACAUGGAAAGAAUAAGACGCGUUCAUUUUAAAUAAAGUAAGGAGAUAAAAGUGUGUGGACGGACGAAAAGA